CGAGGCGGGCGGAGGGGCGUUCUAUCCGCGACUGCCCGGGUCUCUAUCACCCUUUGUCCUCCAGCUUUCCCCCGGCACUGGGCCUGCGGGCCUGGUUGCUAGGCGGAAGCGGGGAGCGGCGGCUGCCGCUGCAGCUGCCCGGGCGUUUGAAAAAGCGGCAACGCAGGCGGCAAAAGACCCCGCCUGCGGGCCGCCCACCGCGACCAUGGUCUCCAAGUCCGACCAACUGCUCAUCGUCGUGUCCAUCCUAGAAGGUCGCCAUUUCCCCAAGCGUCCAAAGCAUAUGCUUGUGGUAGAAGCAAAGUUUGAUGGAGAACAGUUGGCUACUGACCCUGUGGACCACACCGACCAGCCAGAAUUUGCUACCGAGUUAGCCUGGGAGAUCGACCGGAAAGCCCUCCAUCAGCACAGGUUGCAACGAACUCCUAUCAAACUGCAGUGUUUUGCCUUGGAUCCUAUAUCUUCAGCCAAGGAAACUAUAGGUUACAUUGUUCUAGACUUAAGAACUGCUCAGGAAACAAAGCAGGCUCCAAAAUGGUACCAGCUGUUGAGUAAUAAAUACACCAAGUUCAAGGCUGAGAUACAGAUAAGCAUUGCUUUGGAAACAGACACAAAGGCCCCAGUGGAUAGUUUUAAAGCCAAAGGAGCCCCCCCUCGAGAUGGAAAAGUACCUGCCGGCCUGUCUGGACUGGAUCCCAAGGACAUCGUGGCUGUGCUGAAUGAGGAGGGAGGCUACCAUCAGAUCGGACCAGUGGACUAUUGCACCGACUCCUUCGUUCUGUCGGUGACCAUCGCGUUUGCUACCCAGCUGGAGCAGUUAAUUCCAUGUACCAUGAAACUUCCAGAAAGACAGCCUGAGUUUUUCUUUUACUAUUCUUUGCUGGGAAAUGAUGUUACAAACGAACCCUUCAAUGAUUUAAUCAACCCAAACUUUGAGCCAGAGAGAGCAUCUGUUCGAAUACGUAGCAGCAUAGAAAUUCUUCGCGUUUACCUGGCUCUUCAGUCUAAACUACAGAUCCAUCUUUGCUGUGGAGACCAGUCCCUUGGAAGCACAGAAGUACCCUUAACUGGGCUACUGAAAAAGGGGAGUACGGAGAUCAACCAGCGCCCGGUCACAGUUGAGGGUGCCUUUAUUCUUGAGCCUCCAAACCGAGCCAAACAAAAGCUCGCCCCUAUCCCUGUGGAGUUAGCCCCGACUGUCGGAGUGUCUGUGGCUCUGCAGAGAGAAGGUGUAGACGCCCAGUCUUUAAUUGACUUAAAGACCCAGAAUGAACAUGAGCUACAGCAUUCAAAGAAGCGAGUUUUAACUCCUAUAAAAGAGAAGACACUCAGUGGGCCAGAGUCACCAAGCGUGUCCCCUGUUCCACCUCAAAACCCAUCACCUCCCACAAAAGAUGAUGCAACAGGAAGUGAAGUAGAAAGCUUGCAAUAUGAUAAGGACACAAAACCAAAUACAAAGGCCGUCAGCUCUUCUGUACCUCCUUCUGUGGCCCAGCCGGUGCCUGCGUCCCAUGCUUCAGAAACAGCCUCGGGACAGAAGAUUGCUGUGCCAGCGACAUCCCAUCAUUUUUGCUUUUCAAUAGACUUAAGGAGUAUCCAUGAUUUGGAAGUUGGUUUUCCAGUCAACUGUAUAUUAAGGUACUCCUAUCCAUUCUUUGGUAGCGCAGCUCCUAUUAUGACUAAUCCUCCGGUAGAAGUUCGCAAAAACAUGGAAGUUUUUCUUCCACAAUCUUACUGUGCAUUUGACUUUGCAACCUUGCCUCACCAGCUGCAGGAUACCUUCUUACGGAUUCCAUUGCUGGUUGAAUUAUGGCACAAGGAUAAAAUGAGUAAAGAUUUACUUUUGGGAAUCGCCAGAAUCCAGCUUUCUAACGUCUUGUCUUCAGAGAAAACUCGCUUUUUAGGUUCCAGCGGUGAACAGUGUUGGCGUCAAUCUUACAGUGAAAGUGUGCCUUUCAUAGCAGCGCAGGGGUCAAACAACAGGAUAAUGGAUCUUUCGUACACAGUAACUCUGGAAGAUUAUGGACUAGUAAAAAUGCGGGAGAUUUUUGUCUCUGAUUCAUCUCAGGGUUUACCGGCUGUGCAACAGAAGCCAUCUUCCGUUCCUCCAGCACCUUGCCCUUCAGAAGUCCAGACAGAGCCUCGAGAAACCUUAGAAUACAAAGCAGCACUGGAGUUGGAAAUGUGGAAAGAAAUGCAAGAAGACAUUUUUGAAAAUCAGCUGAAGCAGAAGGAAUUGGCCCAUAUGCAGGCUCUUGCAGAGGAAUGGAAGAAAAGAGACCGAGAGAGAGAAUCACUUGUGAAGAAAAAGGUGGCUGAAUAUACUGUUCUAGAAGGAAAACUUCAAAAAACCCUAAUUGACUUAGAGAAGCGAGAGCAGCAGCUUAUCCUUGCAGAAUCGGAGGUUCAAAGAGAAAGGAAGGAACUGAAAUUGGAACGUGAACGGAACCUGCUAGAACUUCAGGACUCUAUCCGGAGGGCCAAAGAGGACUGUGUUCAUCAGGUGGAACUAGAAAGGCUGAAGAUGAGACAGCUGGAAGAUGACAAGGUCCGGCUACAGCAGCAGCUUAGCGAUGCUGAAAAUAAGUACAAGAUCUUGGAAAAAGAGUUUCUUCAGUUCAAGGAUCAGCAAAGCAACAAACCAGAAAUCCGUCUGCAGUCUGAAAUAAAUCUCCUCACCUUAGAAAAGGUUGAACUUGAAAGGAAGUUGGAAUCUGCAACUAAGUCUAAACUGCAUUACAAGCAGCAGUGGGGCCGAGCUUUGAAAGAACUUGCCAGACUUAAACAGCGGGAACAAGAAAGUCAAAUGGCUCGUCUUAAAAAACAGCAAGAAGAACUGGAACAGAUGAGGCUACGUUACCUGGCUGCUGAGGAGAAAGACACGGUGAAGACCGAGAGACAAGAGUUGUUGGACAUCAGAAAUGAAUUAAACAGGUUAAGGCAACAAGAACAGAAACAGUACCAGGAUUCCAGAGAGAUUGCGAGCGGAAAAAUGGACAGCCUGCGUGGCAAUGCCCUGGAAGAAGGUCGGCCGUGGGCUGCGCUUGGCCUUCUGUAAACCGUCUCCUGCUCUGUCACUGAACCAAUAACACGCAGUGUCCUGCACCAUGGGGAGCCGGGCGGUGUGUCGCUUCUGCCUGGAGCCCGCAGGUGAGCAGCGCCCCCGUUGCCGUGUGCCUGGGGCUUGAGGGGCUCGCGUGGCCGUACUCUCACAGGUCUGAACACGGGGGACAUCUGACAUUUCACCACCUUCUCUUACUCCCUCAGCAACAGCCCUUCCGUGUGCGAGGGUCAUUCCAGGAAUUAAAAGUUAUUCUCAGGGUUGGAAAGUGGAGGGACAGCGCGGUGGGUGACUGAAGGGGGGUGGCCGCUGACUGAGCCAGCUUCCUCAUUACUACACCGAACGGCCGGCCUGUCAUCGGAUGUUUUCCUCUGAAAUAACGUUUACCUCUAAGACGUUUGUGGCUCCUGGACACAGAGAAAGCCUAGUGUCCAUGUCUGAGGCUGGCACAUAGUUGUGGGCAGGGCCCCUCAGGUCGCCCAGGUAAGUUCCUUUACCCCCGCAGGCCCGUGACUCCUACCAGACCUGGGUUCCUGUGUGCAGACGUGGGAGUCUGAGUCUGAUUCAAGGACGUACUGGGGCACCGCACACACGUCUGGGGAAGAGAACUAUCCAGUCUGACCACAUGGCUUUCUUGCCGACGAACUGCUCCAUCCAGCUGCUGCCCAGCCUGAAUGUCAGUUCUCAGUUCCCGGGACAUACUGCCUGUCCUUCCAGUCUGAGGAACGGUCCUCUGCUAGCUACGUGUAGAAUUUUAAAAUCGGGCCUCUCACUACCACUAUGUCCACCUUCAUGGAAUAGCUGACUUGAUUCUUUUUAUCAAUAUAAUUCAUAAUAAAACUCACCUUUUUAAAG